GGGCAUCUUUUGCAGCAGAAGCCAGGUUACAAUAAGCAGGAGUUAUCAUAUCAAAGCUGUAAAAAAAAGUUAACUUGUCAGUCACCUCUGAGUAACAGGUAGGCCUACAAGUAUUUUAAUAUUUAUCACAAUCACCCUGAAUUUUUAGUUUUUAUCCUCCAUGCUGGUUUCUGAGUUGUUGUGUGCAGCUUUUCAGCUUGAGGGCAGUAUUUGGGACUAAUCUGGAUCAAAACCAGUGGAACCUACACUUUGCCUGCUUGCCAUCUUGCCAGAAGUCCCAAAUUUUCACAUUUUUGUAGCCUAUCAAUUGGAUACUGGCGGUGUUUUUACCGAGUUACCGCUAAUAGACGCGCACUGGAAGGUAAUCGUUAGCCAUAGCUCUGAUGUUUUGAGGGCUUGUUUUGGGUUGGUUAUUCCAGGGAGUGAGGAGAUUAAUUUGGAUGGGGGGCCUUUAAGAGAUAUUGGGGAUCGGACGACCUCGUGUGACUUCCGGGUCACGUGACGGAUGCAUCAUCGCGGCACUUGGAGCCACCAGGAAGUCCGUUAUUGUCUGGACGAACCGUAGCGACGGUAAUAGACGCGCAGUGAGAUGUAACCGGGGCUGGCCUUGGUUCUGAAACGGCGGCUGUCAGGAGCUCAGAGUGCCACCUUCCCGCAGCCGGACAGCUGGGCGGGAGGUGACUGUGAGCGGCCCGGUACGGAGGAUAACGGUCUACCGGGGCCGGGGUGGGGUUUGCCGUGACGGGCUGCGGGGUUUAGCGUGAGUGGGUUCGAUUCCUCAGGGUGUCUCAGGAUGUAGGCCGGUGAUCCUGCUGGAAGAGGUGAGAGGAUAACGUGUUCGGGUGUGCUUUGUUUCAGUUCUGAUGUGAGUCAAACAGAGAUAUGUGCAAUAAUAUCCUCACUCAUGAGCAGUCGAAGCUCUCUGGUGGUGUACAGACUUGUCAGACCGCCGUGCACAUGCUCCGUUACUGCGGUCUGAACUGGCACAGAUGGAGCGGUGUAACGGGGUGAUGGAGCUGCUGUAGGCCGGACUCUCUCCUCAUCUGUCCACGCUCUGAGUAUCCACGGGGGUGUCUGUGUUUACGGAUUAUCAAAACAAGAAGAGGAACCUUUUUAUCCGAAAUUAAUUAUAUCUACAACACCUCCCUAAAGCUGUGUUUAUUUCUGAUCACAGCCCCGUGUGUGUGUGUGUGUGUGUGUGUGUGUGUGUGUGUGUGUGUGUGUGUGUGUGUGUGUGUGUGUGUGCGUGUGUGUGUUUGUGCGUGUGCGUGCGUGUGUGUGUGUAUAUCAUGGAGUCUCCAGCAGGGUAUAAAAGAUGAGCAGUAUGUUGGAUCUGUUCUCCUGUCUGCCAGGAGAUGCAGAUGACUGUGUGCUUCAUCAUUCCUGCACACCUGAUGUACUGUCUGAUCCUGUUUAUCUUAGUUUCAAGCACUAACAUGUCAAUUACAAGACUCUAGGGGGUAAAACAUGAUUUUAAUGUGAUUUAUGGUGACCUACCCCACACAGCUGAUCAAUCAACUCGUCUGUAUUCAUUAUUAAUACAUUGUGUUAAUGUUAUAGUGCAGGUCUAGAUCAUGCUCUGUGUUUUAUUAUUCACAGGGACCGAAGAUUAAGCUAUAAAUGAGCCACAGAACUUCCUUUAAGACUUUGGACAGAACCAGACUCAUGGUGAACAGACAUCUGCUGAGACUGUUAGAAAGAUGGAGGCAAACAAACAGAGCAGGAGUUUUUGAUAUCAUCAUCAUCAUCCAUCAUAUUUUAUGAUGCAUAUUUUUCUCCUUUUUCAGGAGAGCCUGGUGGGCUUUCCAUACCUGUAGAGCAAACAAAGCAAAAGGAAAGAUUUUUCUGCACUUCAUGUGCCGCUCAGUGUCUGCUAGACAAGAUGAGUACAGACAGACCCAAAAGGAACAUCAUCAAAAAGAAAUAUGUAAGUGAUGCUCGUUUCUUUUUCCUUAAAACUCACAUUACAAAGAGAAGUACAAAGAGUGUAUGUCAUUUCAUCACAAAAUCUGUCAUGGAGUUUGAGGGUUUUUGAGGCUUUAACUUUGUUUAAAGCACUUCUAAGAUACACAAACCUUUAUUCUAUUCUCUUUUCAUGAAAACCACCAGAUAAUCAUUGAUGGUAUUUGAUAACAUUAUCUUUUGUGUCUGAUCUCUGUAGGAUAUCAGCGAUGGGAUGCCAUGGUGUGAAGAGCGUCUGGUCAGGAAAGUUCUGUUCCUCUCCCUCAGGGAAUUCAGAGACACGCACCGUGCCACACACAAAAACACACACAUACACACGUGCACAAACAAACGCACACAGAAAAACACAAUCUUACAUGCGCCACAAAAGACACAAACAUCGACAAACACACCCUCACAGAAACGGCAGAGUGUGCAACUUUCUCAACAGAAAGUCACACACAGACCAGUGAGCACACACACACAGAGAAACCAACAAGUUUCCAAACAACUGCAGCCUCAUGAACACAACAGAAAAGGGCAUAAAAAUCAGCUGUCUCAGGAUGCGCACACACCAAAAACUGCAAACACACCUAAAAACACACAUACACAAUCACACAGUGUCUCACAGAGGACUUUGACAUCAACCAGGACUCUACGCUCACACACAUCACAAACUGCUCCGGUGCUGCCAAACUCUACAAAACACAUACCCCACACACAGCACAGACACACAGUUAGAAACACUGAGACACCGCUGAACAAAGCUUCCCCAGCCCGAACACUGAGGUCCCAAACUCCAACAAACCUCAAAGGUUAGUACCAUUGACUUUGUCUUGCUGAAAUAUGAGGGUCUUUCCUGUAAAAGUCAUUGUCUUAAUGGCAGAGAUGUUGCUCCUAAACCUGUAGUUAUUGUUCAGCAUUAAUGGAGCCUUCACUGAUGUGUAAGAUACCAAUAACUUUAACCCUAAUGAUCCCCAUACCAUCAGGAAUAAAAAAAAAAAAAGUCAAAUUUUGACUCAUCAGACCACAGGACAGUUGUCCACUCCCACUCAGUACACCAGAUAAGUCUCUGGUGUUUCUGGAUCAUGUUUGUGUGGUUUCCUCUUUACAUGGUUCAGUUUUAACCUCAUUUGUGUAUGCAGUGAUGAACUGUGUUCACUGACAAGUGAUUUUGAGCCCAUGCAGUUUUUUUUUUCUACUAUAGAGUCCUGUCUUUAUUUAAUGCAGUGCUGCCUGAUGGCUCUGCUUGUUAUUUUCUUUAAACUUGUUCUGAUUAUCAUUAUGUGACUGUUACUCAGUAUUUCUCCUUAAAGGUAGAGGACAUCUUGGUACUAAAGCUUUGAUUUCUGUUUAUACUUGUUCACUCUUUCACUGUUUCAGUCCAAGUUGUAACGUGCUUAAAUGUACCUCCUACUUUGUAAAGUGAUGCAGUGUUUCCUAACUGACACAGAUGCUCAGACUGAUCUGUACAAUGGAAAUCCCCUGACUUUUUUUUAAGGCAUCAUAAUCAAUGGAAUCAGCAGGCAUCAGUCCCUUCUACCAGCCAGUCCCACCCAUAUCAGGUCCUUACAGACCAGACCAGGUCCCCCUCAGCGCCGCCCUGCCAGCAUCUACCGUGACAAAGAAGACCCUGCCAGCAAGAGGUCGGCAAACAUGGACUUACUGUUGGCUUUAAAUGCUUUUCAUGUUAGGUAAUGUAUAUAUGGGUGUGUUUCUGUAGGCCAAGGCUUCAAGCCCAGAGGAAGUUUGCCCAGUCCCCACCCAACUCUCCUGGUCCUCCAUUGUUGAUGACAUCACCACGAAUUAACUACAUCAGCAGCCAGACCCUAGGCACCUGUCUGACCAGACGUCGACCAAAGACGGAGGACUUCCUGUCUUUUCUUUGCUUAAGAGGUAAAAACAUAAGGGGAGGUAAGUUGAAUUGGGCACAACUUCUACUAUAAUAUACAGUGCUGUGAAAAAGGAUUUCCCCCCUUAAAUAUUUCUUCUACUUUUACUUUUUUUUUUUUGCCUCAACUGUGAUUAACCACAUCAAUUGGAAAGAUGAGUUAAAUUUCACAAGCUACACAGAGGCCUGAUUUUUGCCAGUCCUGUAGAGUUAAGAAAUCACCCAAACAGAACCUGUCUGACAAAAAAAAGAUUAAAAGAUUAAAAAAAAGCAACAUGUCAUGCCUCAACCUAAAGAAAUGUAAGAACAGAUAAGAAACAAAGUUACUGACAUUCAUUAUUUUAGAAAGGAAAAAACAUUUCUAAGGUUUUGGGACUCCAGAGCACUACAGUGAGUCAUUAAGAAUCAGAAUCAUUUAUCCUGGGGGGAAGUUCAGCAUACACCUGCUCUUGAAAAUUUAAAUAUUGAUAGUAGAAUAGAAAUAGGAAUGAAAUGAGAACAAAUAAUACAUUGCAACUGUUAGUGAAAAGUGCAGAAUAUGAGUGAUAUAGCUUUUUACGAAAGCGCAGUAUUGAGUAUUGACCUAUAUGGUACUACACAGAGUAUUAUACAGUUUAGCACAAUUAUAUUAAUAAAUGUAUUGCACAAUAAUAUCACACAAUGUAGCUUGAUGAUCAAUGUAUUAUUAGUAUAGCACUCUUGGAUUAUUUAAGUUCUGGCUGGUUUACAAACAGAUUGAGAAGUUUACAGCUAUUGCAUGAGAAUAAGUCCGGUGCAAGACAGUGUGUGUGACCCUCAGAGGGAGGAGAUAUAAAGUUUGAUGGCUACAGGUAAGAAUGACUUCUUGUGAUGCUAUGCUGUCGAUGAGUUUAACCUCUUAAAGGCCUCAGGAGUAACCUGGCAGGAAACACCUUCUAUUCAUCAACCCAAAGUGGAAUGGUAAAACCCAGUCCAAUAACAUACAUAUGUCAAAAUCAAUAACUUCAACUUUGUUUUCACAUUAGGUUCAGCAGCGUUGCCUAGCAACAUGGCCUUCUUGGGGAGUGGACGGGCAAAAGAGCCAGCCAAUAAUCAGCAUCCCACUUAUUCUCCUUCCACCAAUCACAGAACUGUAGCUCAGGGAAAGUACACAAGGCUUUUCAGUAGAUCAACAGGUACGUCAGCUGAUCUGAAAUAUUCAUUCAAUCCAGAGAGAUGAAGAGUGUGAGGGUCAUUCCUCUUUUCUCCUCUCUCCAUUUUAUUGGUCUUUGGUCCCACAGUGCAGAGGGACUCACAGCAUCUUAGAGGGAGUGGACGGUCUGCAGCGGUCAGCUCCCCUUGCCCUCUAUCUGCCCGCGCAGAAAGGAGGAGGGAGAGGAAGAAGAGAGAGGAGGAGCAGCAGGGAAGAAGGAGCAAGGGAGUGGAGGGGACUAGAAGAGACAUAGCCGAGAGACACCUCCUGAGACAUCGCCAGCCCCCCCUACAGGUCAGGAGGAACAACAAGGUAGGAUAACUGGUCUGCUUCCCUUGUUGUCUGCUGGUAACCUCAGCAUUGUUAAGACUGGAUUUAAAGGUGGGGUAGGCAGGAUCUGAGGAAGUGCCAGUUUUGGGGAGAAAUCUUGAAUGUAAACACUACCCCUCCCAACCAGUUUUUCCCUCAGCUCCUCCUCUCCCCUCCGCCUCUGCUCCAGCAAGCCCCGCCCACAAACAGAAACUCAUCCUUGCUCGUAUUGUUUCAAUUAAAUUCAGAUAUAAUGCAGAUAAAUACUUCAGAUAAUUACAAAUGGAGCCCAGUCAAUGUUAAAGUAAACAGCAGUGGUGCUACUGUAGAUGCCAACAGAUGACCAAAAAACAUUAUGUUUGCAGGACUUCUAAAACUAGGGUAAAGUGACAUACUCCAGGACCCGAGGUAAACAGUGUAGUGGUGCUACAACACGCAGCAGGUCCCGUUUGAUAAGAAACACUUCUGUUACACUUGGCUUACUUUGUUAAAGCAGUUUACCUGUCCAGCAGAAAGGUUACAGGGUCAGUAAGAUCCCAAAGUGUCCCCCAACAUUGUUGACCGGGCUUCUUAGCUCUUGUCCGGGUGGUCUACCUCCUUUUUAAGCGCCCAUUAUUCCGCCAGAGUUUCCAGUAUUUACUUCAUUUUCUUGCUUGUGUUGGUGGUCGUGGCUAAAGCAGGAUUUAGACAAUUUUCUGUAAUUUCUGGUUGGUCUCUACUGUCUGAUAUUGUAGCACGCUAACUUUGUUUGGGUUCUGAACGACACGGGGGAGAAGCGUCUGCCUCACAACCAAUCAGGAUGGGGGAGGUGGGGAAUGGCUUUGUUUACAGUCAGAAAGAGCGGAGCACUCUGAAAAUAUUGACUACACAGACAUAACAAAACACAGCGAUAUCGUGAUAUUACCAAAUAUCAAUGACUAAUAGCUAUUGACUGAUAUUAAAAGCUUUUUUGUAUAUACACCACAAAGAAAGAUGCUUCUUUAACGAAUUCCUGCCAGAACAGCACAGCAUGACACAACAUGUCAGGACACCACUCAGCGUGUUAGAGAAUAACACAACUCAAAAGAGCAUGAUACAACUCAAUACAACACAUCAUAAUAGGAUGGGGAACAAUAUAACAACAGGAUACAACAUGAUACAACUUGACAUGACAUGAUACAACACAAAUGGCUGUAAAGGGCAGAGCAGAGAGACAUAGCAGACAGAGGGAUGAAUGGCUUUAACUGUAAACCAAAUAAAUCCAACACCAGUUGUUGACUUCAGAUAAAUUCUCCUGAGUGAAAGUGACAUGAAAUAACUCAGUUCAACUGUGAUUAUUGAAGCUCUCUCUCUUUUUCAAUGUGUCUGUGUUGAUCAUCCACCACUGCGUGAUUGUUCUCUACAUAGAUAGUAGAUAUUGUAUCGUUUUAUCAUAUGCGUGAUGGGUAUGGUUAAUUAAUUUACCGAUUGAUCCAUUAAUCAAGUACUCGCAAAUCAAACAUUUUUUAACAGUUGGCUGUGGUGUGCCAGUCAUUGGUACAGUGUGUCUGAUGGUUAGUGGUUUUCAUUUGACAAUUGCGAAUGAAUGACAAGUUAAGGUAAUGUACAACUCUUUGGUGAGACCUGGGCACCUUGUCAACAUUGGAGCUUGGCCCUCUGACCAUUUAAAAAUAUUCAAGAAUAAUUUUCCCAAAACUGGUUUUGUUACCCAACAUGCAUUUUAUUUAAGUCACCAUUAAACAUUCUGUUUUGUUUUUUUUUCCGUAAAUUUCCUUGAAAUAGUGGUUCAAAAACACAAUUUCCCCUCACUAUCCUCCUUGAGGAAUGGUAUGACAUAUCCUAUCCCCUAACUUUAGAAGUUCUGACCCUGCCCUCCUGCUAUUUCUGUAAACUCAAUCUGGUAAGUUGCCAAAUAUCAGGUGAGUAAAAAACAAAAAAGGGAAAGAAAUAGGAGAGGUCUAUGGGAAAAAACAUGUUAAGAAAGCAAUGAAUAAAAGGUGACCUCCAAACACCCAAGAGACGGUGAGACAGUUAAACACUUGUCACAGUCACUAACAGUUUUAAACCUACCCUAAUGUUGAUGCUGGUUAGCAUCCACUAUGACAAUAGAUGACAGUGGAGCAGGCAUAGCUGUGGCCUGUUGCUAAAGAGGUGAGGCAGAGGAGGAGAGAACAGGGUGGGAGGGGCUGCAGGGAGAAAAAAGAGAGAGAGGAGGGAGAGAGACAGGCAUAGCAAUAUGGGAGUGUUCGAGGGACUUGCGGAGCAUCUGAUUCAGAGUCAGAGCAGCAGGAUCAGACACAGAAAUUGGUUUGGGACUAGAGUGGUGUAUAGUUAGCAUGUGUAACACAACCUAUGGGUCUGUCUUUUUAAAUUUUUGAUUUUAUUGCCUUUUUCCAUUGAAAGAGUGAAAAAACGAUAAUGAGUUACAAAUUGGUAUCCAAAAUAAUGUCUUGUGUCUGUGAAGGGGGCCAGUAUGUGGGAAAUGGAUAAGGGAAAGUGGCACAGGUAAAACUGUCAGCAUCUAAUUUUGAUCACCCCUGUGUUAUUUUCUUCAAAUUGUCUCACAAUGUACUGUGACUGGCUGACGUGAUGUCCUUCUGUUUCAGGUGGCUUUGACUUCAGGGUUGUGUGAACGGAGAACCACCCUUGUCAAGUCAGUCCCAUCCUCAAAGCCUGGCACAGGGACUCGCAGCAGAGGAUCUACCAGAACCUCAAAAAAGCCCCGCCAUACCUGCAAACCAAAAGGCCAGCCCCCCAGCAGACCCAAGGAAUCCAACCACAAACACCUCUCCGUGCAAUCAAGCAACCAAGAGCUGCCUCGCAAUCACCACCUUCCUCUCCACCGUCGUACAGUCUCCAACUGCCAUAGCAAACCCAAGACCCCCAGCAUUCUUCAGAACUCAGGAAGAAACUCAAGCAGGCCCCCAGCUCAUACACCAUUGGCUAAUGGCUCAGUCACCAGGCUGCAAAGUGAGAACCCUGGGUCCCUGAGGGUGUCUAGAAGGAAGAGAGGCCUCCCACCAGAUACACGCCCCGCCCCUCCUCAUCCUCAGGGCAACUACUCAUCAAGAAAGAGCAGGACAACACAAUACAAUCAUGUUCAUGUCCCACUGGAGACUGUAGAGGUUUUACAAAAGGAGACAGGCUGUAAUAAGGUAAAUGGAGCAGAGGACACGUGUCAGGACAAAGACCCUGGAAAAGAAAGAAGUGGCCAUGGUGAGGAGGUGAGAUUACAGACCAGUAAUAGUACUAGUGAAGACCAACAAGUAAAGGGAAAUGUUGAAAAGUUGAGUCUGGAAAGCAUCAGUUCUCCGAAGCCCUCUAGUACAAACGGUGACCCUAGCCCUAUCAGCAAGGUCACAAGCAGACCCAUCAGAGAGACGAGGAUCCAGAAAAACCAGCCUGCUUCAUCCGCAGUCACUAAACCAAUCACCAGGACUACUGAUUCUAGAGCUAGAGCUGCUGGGACUACAUUUACUAAAGCUGCUAUCAACUCAGUGACUUCUACUCAACCAGACCCACCAGCCACUUACUCUGCCAAGCACAGUGCUAAGGGUACCAACAAAGGUACUAGCAAAGACAUUACCAAGUGUACUUCACCAGCAAGCAGGUACCCGAUCCAUUACUCCAAAGGUGCUGCAAAAGACUCUUCCAAGGACACCACAGGGGAUGCAACCAAGGACCGUUCUAGCACUUCCAAGGGCUCCACAAAGGGCCUUACCGAGACCAAGUCCACUACCUCAGCCAUCAAGACCAGGACCAGCCCUAGAUCCCUCCAGAAGCGUUAAAAUUACUUAUUGUACAUGUUUUCUUCAAAAAUUACUUAAACCUGGGUGCUGUCUAUCAUAGGGAACGAGUGAUGAUGGUUGUUGGCUAGUAGGAUCUUUAAGAAAAGACAAAAACGUUGGUGUCUGCCGUAUUCUGGUCUCAGAACACAAUUGAGAAGAUAGAUCAAUCAGAUGUGAGCAAGCUUGGGUUGUUUGCAAGAAAACAGUCAGUGUGGAGAACAAAUACUUAAUGCAUUGGUCAAAAUCAAGAAAAAAAACAUUGGCUCUUAUUGAUCAUUUUGCAUUUCACUGAGCUUUGUAAAAAGUAACCCCAGACCCCAAAAAAGUAACUGCAGAUCACAAUCCAGUCAUGAAUGAUACCAUCUCUCAUAAUUCGUGUGCGGCAUGAAAUAGUCAAGUUUUUGUGAGGGUGUCUUCUAUCACCCAUCUGAAUGAUCAAUGAUUAUUCAAGAUUUCAGAAAGUUUUGCUAUAGCUCCCAUUUGCUCAAUGGCCAGUUGCCUUUGAGAUUGAAUUUUUGGUUGCAGUACAGUUUGAUUAGCCAGAGUAGUAUUGACCCAGUAGGUUUGAGUAUGCUUGAAUUUUUGCAGGAAAAGUUUAGGUGCAAUGAGGUGCAAUGAAUUUGCUGCAGUGCAAUCCAAGAGCCCAUCCACUAUUUCUACAAUAUAACUGAGCCAUUUUUAUCUGGAUAAUAAAUCCUGUAAGCAAAGACCACAUUCAUGCCAUCAGUGUAGACUGCUACACCUGUGUAAUAUCUUUUAUUACCAACAGUUAUCAACAAUGACCUGGGUGUAUGAGGUUUGAGUAAUCAGGCAUUCAAUCCUUCUUUUAUAUCCUAUAACUGCUAACUACUCUUAAGUCUCAAAACAAAUGCAUGUUAGAUCCAUUGGCUGGUCAGCCAAUGGGAUCAGAUUGGUUUUUCUGAUUGUUUACAGUCAGAGUAGAGCUGACACUUUAGGUUUAAAUGGUGUCAGGUUAUCAUGCAGUCAAUCUGAGGAACAAAAGGUAGAAUUAAACUCCCCAAAUUUGAUCUUUGAACCUAUCAGCUGUCAAGGAAUGUCUUUUUUUCAUGUUAUGUAUGUCACUGAAAAGAUGUUUCUCAAAACUGGUCAUAGAUGUCUCCUACACCUUUUAAAUAGCUAAAUUUUUCAAUCAUUACAGACAAAAAGAAAAAACAUUUUUGUCUAGAUAGCUUUUAUCUUAAUAACCACUGCCUAGUCCUGAAUCCCAGAAAAAAGUUUUUAUUUCUUAUUUUAAGUUUGUUCUGAUUUUUAAUUUUCAGUUACUGUCCAAUUUGAGUAGAGAGAGUGGUACUAGCCAAUCAGAUUGAAGCAAGACUAGACUUUGUAUGUGUAAUAACAAAAGAUUAAAUGCUCUGGUUGAAAUGCAAUCCUAGAAACCUACGGGUUUUGUAGGUUCACCGUUUUGCACUUUUUCUGUCUUUACAUGAAGAUGUCUCCUAAUAAGCGCAGGUCACGAUAUGGCAGUGAACUUGGCUGCUAUCCUCUGUAGCUUUUAGAUAUCUUAUCAGGCAAAAAAGCUGAGUACUUGUAAAUGACAGAAAUCCAAUUGGCUCAAUGGCCAAUGAUUUUUAGGAUUGAGAUCUAGUUUAUGUUUGUAGUCAGAGUUAGCCUACUAACUUAUUAGUUCGGAGGCUUUCCUUGUAUGCAGGAGAGCUAAAUAAGCAGAAGUUAUCUGUCAAAAUGUAACCCCAGAACCCAUUGGGGUGUCAUUGGCUGCCAUCUGACAAUAGUUAAGGUUUGUUAUUCCAUAAGAAGACAUCUGCAUUUGAGUGCAAAAAACAGCAAUCUAUAUGUCGAUGACUGCUCUCCCAAACCUUAAGAUGUCGGUUGGUUAAACAAUGACUGGUGGUGGAUAGAGGAAGUCUUGGCUCUGGUUUUCCAGUGCUACUUGUCAGGAUCCCCUCUGGUUACACCAAAAGCUCAAAAACUUUGCAGAUACUCCCAGAAGCAAUGGUUGUCAGACAGCAGCUGGUAGAUCCCUAAAUAGGUUAGAUGUUAAAGCAGUAAUUGUGUGCUGUUCUUCCCAUUUGUCAAUGGUUGGGGUAUAACUUAGAGGGGAACUUUGGUGUUUUUCAACCUUGGCCCUAUUUUCCCAUGUGCUUGUGUGUGCUCGACUGGUUGGGGGAACAGUUUUUGGAACUGGUCCAGUAUUGAGGGAGAGCAGAGCAGUCACCAAACCAGCUAAAAUACAGUUUGACUGAGCAAUUACACAGUGUCAAACUGCGUCCACUAAAAAUUCAGGCUUUUGGUAAUCCUAAAGAAGAGGGGCAAGUGGCUGCAGUUUGCUGUUUUAAUUGUUUGGCCACGUGAGUAUUAUUUCGAGGAUAAGCUGAAGCACGCCAGCACGACAAAAAUGUCAUUUCUUUCUAUCCACACUGACUUCGAUCUCCAUUACAGCCACCAUAAUCAACUGACAGAUCUGGGACUUACCCAAAUGAAGGAUUGUUGAAGGGCUUCGACUUGUGGCAGCCUUAUAUUAGAAUCUGUUUGGACUGUGUGUGAUGAGACAGAUUAGUGAUGGAAAUAUCAUGGAAAUGUCAGUGAAUGCAUCGUGGACCUCUGGUUAUUAACUUGGCUAUUAUGUGGUUUAAUGAGUUGCUGUAUAAGUAUUGCUGAAGCGUCAGAAGGUUUUAGGAGUACAUCAGGUGCUAUCAGGUGCUAUUAGCUUACCCAUGAAGUGAUUUUUGGGAUGGUUGAAUAGCAGAGUAGUAAAAUUGUAUGUCUGUAUUGAAAAAAAAUAGUACAUUUAUACAACUAAUUCUGCACAUUUCCUCAUAUUGAAGCCCCCGUGUCAAGUUUUUUUGGGAGAUUGUAAUGUUUGAGAUUUAAAAACUGUUGCAGUAUUCACUUCAUAUUUCUACACAAGGGGGCUUUGAAUGAGAAGUUGUCAAAUGAAUUUGUAAAUGAGUUAUUUAUACUAUGUCCAUACUUCUGUUAAUGAUGUAAUUUUUUAGCAGCUUGUUGAUUUUUGGCCUAUGUGUUAUGAAUAAAGGCAUGAAUCAUUUUUAACUUAAAAACAAGGCUCAUGUCCGAAAUGAAGUGAAAAAGUCCCCUUUGUGAUUUUCACAUUUAUCAUUAAGUAAAGACCUAGCUGCUCGGUCAGAAGUGGCCAAGAUUCGACUUUUGAUCAUAUUUUACCAGCACACAACAUUAGAGUAGUUUAAAUGGAAACAUAACUCUUGGAAAGCUGCUCUACUUCUUAAAUCUCCCUGUCAAAAAAUGUAGCAUUUCCAAAACCACAGCACUGAACACUUCUUGGAUUAUCUGAAUACCUGAGGCUUUUCAUUUGUUUCAGCACAAUAGUCUCAUUGGAGAGCUAAGACCUUCUCGUUCCUUAAAAAGUAGGUCUGGUAUCAAAAUUCUGGGGAAAGCUGGUGGAAAUGGGACCUUAAAUCUGAUUAAAAAAUCAUAAAGGUUUAUUUUGGUAACUAUCUUUGCAACUAAUGUUGAACUACAGAUAAAUUUAACUACUUGAGAAUGUGCUGUACUUUAUUGUGAACAGAAGAUUAUUAGUUUCAAAUCCAUGAUUUUUAUUUUCUACCACCCACUGGGCUGGGGUGGUCUUGAACAAAUUGAAUUAAAAUUAAGGUUUUAAAAGUCCUUAGCCCAUUUUCAAACAGCGCACAUUGUUGGUGAUCACUUUAUGCUGGCGUCAUAAUAUACAAAUGCAUUCAUGCCUUUUUUUGUGACUGUGAAUUUAUGUUGUCUAAUUUUUGUUAAUACAUUUUGUAAGAGUUGCUAGAGUUGUUUUCUUACCAGUUAUUCAGGUUUCUGUCCACUUCUUUCUGUCAUUACAUGUUUCUUUUGGUACAAACUCUUCCAACCUUUGACGGGACAUGAUUUAUGUUUUAGCACAGGACAAGACACAAAUAUGAGCUGUGACAUCUACUGUAAAAACUCUGUAUAAAUGUGACUGAUUUGGAUGGAAUUUGCAAUAAAAUCACUUUGUAUUUUU